AUGAAGAUCCAUCAUUUUGGCUCCGCUUUCCUUUUUGGAGCUGCCGUAUGUGCGCAAAAUGCGGCUGUUUAUAACUUUCCUCUUAACAAGCAAUCACAAGAAUCCACAUUGGUGUCGGUGGAAGAUUCUGUCUUGUACUUUGCCGACAAAGCUGGAGUAAGCGAUUACUAUUCUAUCGGCGACAAUGAUGAUGCAAUCAAGUUUCUUGAGUCGGUCGGUAGUGACGAUGAAAGAACAGAAAGAUCGAAGUUGCUUGUCAUUGUUAAGGGUGUGGAAGAACCAGCAAAGCUUUUUGGUACGGACCCUUUGUUCGAAAUCGGCAUUAAGAACCGAAGCAAAGAGUCCCACAAGCUCAUGCGUGCUCUUUUAAAGGACAUCCCACAACAGGCCGCUUCCGAUAGUGACAAUGCCAAACCUAACGACCUAGGCGCUGGUGUCUCCUACAUCUCUCCAAACGGUGCUCUCUCUCACGAAAAGGUUGCGUUUGAUGAUGCGUAUGAGAAAUUCCUGGCAAAAUUGGCCCAUGGAUUCGACAUUGGAAAUGUUCCUCAAAAAGUUCAAGACAUUGUUGGUAAUGUGAAACAAUCAACAGAAAAGAUACUCGACGCAUUUUCCAACAGCAUUGUUCAGUUAUUGAGUAUUGUUGAAGCUUCUAAGGAGAACCUGUUGCUCAUUGUGACUUUGGACUUAAGGAAAACAGCUGGCUCGAAGUCUCAAAGAGAUUCAGCUCUUGACGCAUUAUUCUCUCAAUUGAGCGGUGCUUCCGACAAAAUCGACACUACAGUAGUUGCCCUCGGUGCUAAAAAAUCGGGAUGCCAUGGAAAGUUGGCUGGUAAGAGGUCAGACAUUCAAGCUAGUGCGUUCGCCAAGAGAGGUGCCAUUGCGGCAGAGUCAUGCUUCAGCGACAAGGAUGAAUGUGACAGCUCCACAAAAGGGUGCAACAAUCAUGGUUCUUGUGCUGAAGUCGCAUCUGACUGCUGGCAAUGUGUUUGUGUCCCAAGUGUUGACAAGAAAGCAUCUAAAACUACCAAGUGGGCCGGCUACGACUGCAGCAAGAAAGAUAUUUCUUCUUCUGCUCACCUCUUAUUAUGGACUUCUGUCGCAUUAUUGGUCACUUUGGCUGUUGGAACCAAACUUCUCUUCAGCGUAGAUAGCGAGCCAUUGCCUGGUGUUUUGGAGGCUGCUACAGUCAAGAGAUCCAGCUGA